AUGUCAACAUUCACACCACCACCAUUCCGAGAGUCUCCUCAUGAAUUUAUGGGUCUGUGCCUUCAAGACGUGGUGAAAGCCUUGCUCGAGUACAAUCAUGGCUCUAAUUUUCGAAUUGAAGCAAUUUAUUUAUUCGGAUCGAGAUUGUAUGGUGUUGAACGUGUUGAACAACAACAAGUUCAUGAUGUUCAACCUUCCCAUCCAAUUGCAACCACGAGAUCAACAACCAUCACCACCAACGGAAUGGCUCUUGAUCAGCACCACCUCUCUGAUUAUGAUUUUAUUAUUAUUACCAAUCGAGGAUCGAUCGAGAAUCGGCCAUCACACCAACAACAUGACAACCAUUCCGAGUGCAUGAUUCUUCCCGAUGAUUCCCGAUUGACUUUGGAACUUGUGGUGAAAGAUCGAUAUCAUUUGGAUUGUGUCGUGAUGGAUAUUUCUUCCUUUCUUCUCGAUACAUUUAUUGAGCAACACAAUUAUAAGGCAAUUUUACCAUUAUGGCUUUCGGAUCAAAACACCAGUGAUUAUGUUUGGUUUGAGACACCUCUCAUGAAAUUGAUUCGAAAGUUUUGGUUGGCAAAUUUGAAUGUUCGAUUAAGACAAAUUCAAAGAGGACUCACGUUGUGGUGUCGUAUUACAGCAAAACGAUCGUUUUAUGAUGGAGAUUUGAGAAGAUGUCGAAAGAAUUUAUUACAUUCCAUUCGAUAUUUGAAAUAUGCCUAUCAAAUUGUGAGACAACACAAAAUUAGCAAGUAUCGAAAUGCAAAGAAAUUUUACAAAUUAUUCUUUGAAAAUACAACUGAGUUUACGACAUGGGAACAAUAUGAAGAAAUAUUUCGACCUCUUCAUAAAAAGUUUAAAACACGUCUCAAUGACACGUGUUAUAACUUGUUCAAGGAUGCAGACAAUGAAACAUCUUUGAUGGACGACACUAUGGAAUCAUCUUCAUUGAAAUUUAUGGAUUAUAUUGAAAAACAUCCUUUGAGAGAACUUUCGAGAAAUUUUUCAAUUGUGAUCGCUCCAUUAUUUGAAUCUCAGAAUGAGAGAGAACAGAAAAAUAGAGUAUUACAGGAUCAUGUAUGUGGAUGCUAUGAAUAUUCAGCUCUUGACAUUGUCAACUCUUGGCCACAGAUCGAACAAGAAUUGAAUCAAAUUUUUGAGAAAGUGUCACCAAGAGACAUUAUUCAACAAGAGACUCAAACUUCACCUUCUCUUUUGAAAUUGAUUACUCAUCGAGAAGUUCACAAAAGAUUGGAUAAAUUGAUUCCUCUCAGAGAGUGCUGGAAUGGAUCUGUUCUUUCAUACGAAUUUCCACAAUAUUGGAACGAUUUAGAUCAUUUCUCUCAUGAUUUUCAUUUAAAACUCGUUGCACAUUCCUACAAUUACUUUUUCCAAUAUGACGCCGAUGAGUGUGUGAAUAUGCUUCAGGAAGAGAAUUCUCACGAGUCGUCAUGUAUCACAGUGACUAGGAAAUAUUUGGGAACCAUGUAUAUGCUUUUUUAUUUUAAUCAUGAAUGGAGAAUAAGCACGAAUCAAGUCAAUGAGGAUUGGAAGUAUUUAUUUUCAAGAAAUACACACUUCAACAAUGAUAUUCAACAACAAUUUUGGGAAAUUUUUCACAAUUCUGGGUAUGAAUUACCUUCAGAGACACAUAUGUGUUUCAUGUUCACCCUUACUUUUAAACCAUUUCUCAAUGAUGAACGCACACAAACUCCAUCACAACAGAGACAACAACAAUAUUUAAUUGCACACGGAUGUAGAGACAUGAUCACACUUAAGGAACAAUUUAUUGAGACCUAUGCAACACGAUAUCAUUGGCAAACAGCCGAAGUGGUUGAAAUAAUUCCAAAACAAUCGUAUUUGGAAAUGAUGAAAAACAACAAGUACAAACCCAAGAAACGACCUCCAACAUCAAAUCCAUGGAGAAAGAAACCAGAUGAUCUUUGUGUGAAUUUACCACUUUUACCAAUAUUCGAAAAGUAUAUUGAUGAAGCCAAUGAUUUUUCCAAAAACAAUCCUCAACUCUUUUCUGGAUUUGUUCUUUGUGAUGAACAAUUCAAUAGAAUCAAAGUGGAAACAUCCAUCUUUUACAAUAUGGGUCAAUUAGAAAUCUUUAGAGAUAGUGAAACACAGGAAGAAAGUGUAGACUCUGAAAACAAUGAAAUGCUCAUCAUUGAAAUGAUUCGAAAUUUGAGAACUUUCCAAGAGGAAGGUAUUAAUGAUUUAUUGUUGAGUUUGAAUCAUUGUCCAACCAUUCAUCAUACUUCUCUAGUUUCUACUUCUUCAGAGACACAUUCUUGCAUUAGUACUCGUGUUGAUCAAACAUACGUUCGGGGGAUGCCCGUGGACAUUGCUCUUGUGAAACAUUUUGUUCCUGCCUUCACUGACAUGUAUAUGGAUUUUAGAAAUAUUUUCAGACUUGCUUGUCACAUGAUUGAUCAUGUUUAUCAUUCCUCAUUGAAAGAACUCGAUCACAGAUUACAAAAAGGUGUCAUUUCUGAAAAGGAGCUCAACAAAACCUUUCCUUCAAUCAUUGAGGAGAAGAGUCCAGUCACGCGACACUUUCCCUUCAUGUUCAUGAGAAAACAUGGUAUUGACACUUGUUUUGAAUUGUUCACACGAAAACACAAUUUACACACAGAGGCCAUUCAUGGAUUUCUUAUAGAAUGUAAACAAAAAAUAAAUUUGGUGCAAAAUGAGCAAUCAAAUAUUCCUAAGAAUGAUCUCACUCAAUCGUUUAUUCAAUUAGUAUCGAAAAAUUAUGAUGAGAAAGAUUUUGUUCUCCGAUUGCGAUUAUUGAAUGAAAAAUUUAAAGAGUUACGUUCAAAAACUUUAUUGACUUUAGAAGAUGAGGAUGAUGAUGAUGAAUUAAAUUCAAAACGAUUGAACUCUUUGAAAAAAUUAUUGAAUGAAAUAAGCCCAAGUCAAUUUUCACAACUAUUUCCGAAUGCCUAUUUUGGAAAGGAAGAGUACUUGUCGAAACUGAAAAAGUGGGACCAACGUUUGUCAAAAGCUCGAGGUGAUCUUGACUCAAAAAGAGAAUCUCUAGAAAAAAUUAUAGGAUAUUCUUCGGUGUUGUGUAAUUCACUGGGAUCACCAAGAAUUGUCGAUGUGUUUUCUUCAUUAUCAUCCUCAUCAUUAUUAAUUAAUAAUCAUCGUAGCAAUGGAGAGACAUUGCUACAACCAACCAAUGAUGAUUCACAUCAGCAUGAAGAAGGAAAUAUUGAGUCUUUUAAAAAUGGCUCACAAAUAACGACUCCAUCUAAGACAAAAAAACAACAAUUAACACCAUUUUCAACUCAUGUGAAAAAUGGUACUCUAACACAAAUGGACGAAACAGGGGACGAACAGUCGAGUAUAUUACAACCUUCAACGUUAAAUUUCGAUGUUGGAGGGGACAAUUAUGAAGGAUUUGUAAACACAGAGAACCAAAGUGAUCACACAGAUUUAAUUGUUAUUAAGGACGAUGAGGACUUGAGACAAGAAAAUUUGAGGAAACGAAAAUACUUUGAAGGAAGUUUCCUAUUACUGUCACCUGUCACAUUUAUUCACAGAAAUAAUGCCAACAAGUACAAUCGAUUAGACACGUCUUUCACAUUCAGUGACAGUAUUUGCACCAAAUUUGUCACAAGCAGAGUAGAUGAAGACGGCGAUGAUAUUCCAACAAGAUCUAUCUCUUCACCUCCACGACGAACCCGAAAACAAAAACCAAUUCCGUAUGAAAAAUGGCAACCCAACGAAUAUGGACAACCUGGAAGAUAUUGGACGCAAAGAGAGCUUGAUGCUCUAGAGAGAGGUUUUGAUCUCUAUGGAAAGGAUUUUAAAAGAAUUUUACAAGAAUUCAAAUCAGACUUUCAUCCAGUACGAACACAUGUUAGUUUGAUGAGGAAAUGUAAAAGACAAUUCCCAGAAAAAUUUUCAAAUCUAAGAAAGAAAGUAAAUGACACUAGAGAAGAAGAGCAAGAAGAGAAUGAUGACGAUGAAGAAGAGGAAGAAGCUUCAUCAUCAGACACGCAGGACAAUCAAAGAAACAAAGUUUUAUCCUAA